AUGUCGCCCAGCAUUGAUAUUGACAUCCUCAGCGGCCACUCUCAGCCUACUACAACCGAGACAACUACCCAUGCGGCAACGGUUCCAGCCGACCUCGACGUGGCCAGCGAUACCACAACCACCACAACCCCCAAGAUGAACGCGACACCAAUCGCCAUCUGCGGUAUGGGCGUAAGGCUGCCCAGCGGAAUCCGAAGUCCCUCUGACCUCUUCAACUUCCUCCUCAACAAAGGCGAUGCCCGCAACGUCGUCCCCUCCGAUCGUUACAAUGUCGACGCCUACUAUGACCCAUCCGGCAAGCCCGGCACCAUCAAAACGAAAUACGGCUACUACCUCGACGUCGACCUGGCCCAAUUUGAUGCUACCAUGUUUGGCAUGUCCAAGACCGAACUCACUACCCUAGACCCAAGCCAACGCCUUCUCCUCGAGGUGACCCGCGAGGCCUUUGAAAGCGCCGGCGAACCAGGCUUUCGGGGAAGCAAUACAGGCACCUUCGUCGGCGACUUCACCGAAGACUGGCAAGAUGUGCAGAACAUCGACCUGCUCAACCACCAGCCAUACCUGAUGCUGGGCAAGUCAGAUUUUUCUUUGGCUAACCGCCUCGCUUUCGAGUACGAUCUGGUCGGUCCCAGUGUCGUUACCAAAACCGCCUGCUCCGCAACAGCAGAGGCUCUACAUCAGGCUGUGCUGGCCAUUCGCUCUGGCUCCUGCCCAUCCGCCAUUGUAGCCGGCGCCAAUGUCAUUAUCACUCCUCGAACCAGUAUCUCCAUGUCACAGCUGGGUCUACUCGCACCCGACGGAAACUGCAAGACCUUCGAUUCCAGCGCCAACGGUUUUGCUCGCGGUGAGUCUGUGUGCGCGAUUUACCUCAAGCGUCUGGAAGAUGCCAUCCGCGACGGUAACCCGAUCCGCGCGGUCAUCCGAGCUUGCGAGAGCAACGCCGACGGAGGCGACGGAACUCGAACAUUCGGUACCCCGAACCCAAAAUCCCAGGAGAAACUGAUUCGCCACGCAUAUGCGUCUGCAGGGCUGCCGCUUGACGAGACCAAGGUUGUUGAGCUGCACGGUACGGGAACGGUCGUUGGAGACCCAUUGGAGGCGUCGGCUAUCGCGAGCUGCUUUGGCGGCGUUGAGCAGGUCUACAUCGGCUCAGUCAAGCCGAACUUGGGACAUGGAGAGGGCGCCUCCGCACUCAGUAGUAUCAUCAAGGCUGUGAUGGCUUUGGAGAACAAGACUGUGUUGCCGAAUAUCAAAUUCAACACGCCUAACCCGAAGAGUAAGCUUCCAUUUGUGCUGUCGUGGGAUAUAGCUAACCUUCUAGUCCCGUGGGAUCAAAACCUUGUUGUCCCGGUCGAGCCGACGCAGUGGCCUCGAGGCGCCCGGGAACGAAUCAGCAUGAACUCGUUCGGUCUUGGAGGGUCCAACGUGCACGUUGUUCUUGACUCUGCCGACUCCAUGGGAAUCCCUUCACGGCCAUUCCGUCACACCAUCGCCGACCGUCUACCGACUCACAAGUCGUUGCUUCUGCUCUCGGGUAACAGUGCGCCCGCUAUUACCGAACUGGCGUCUAAAUACGGGGAGUACCUGGAGAAGAACCCCGCCAACCUCGACGCCAUGGUCUACACGCUUGCGGCGCGAAGAGAACGGUUGAAGUUGGGUAGUUACUGUAUUGCAGAUGGCCUGAUGGUGGGUGAGCCCGUCACCCCGGCUGAGUCCAAGGGUGUUCGUCAGGUUGCGUUCAUCUUUACCGGCCAGGGUGCGCAGUGGGUCGGUAUGGGUCGCGAGAUGCUCAAGGAAAAUGCGGAGUUUGCUGCCAGCAUCGAAGAAAUGGAUAAGACGCUCCAGUCAAUUGAUCAUCCACCCAGUUGGUCGCUGGAAGGGCUGUUAACUGCAGAACCGUCUGAAAAGGAUAUGUUCAGCGCGACUGAUAUCUCGCAGCCCAUCUGUGCUGCCAUUCAGAUGGCGUACGUUGAUGCUCUAGCCGCCUGGAAUAUCAAACCCAGUGCUGUAGUUGGCCACUCCAGUGGAGAGGUUGCCUCGGCAUAUGCUGCGGGCGUACUGAACAGGAAGGAGGCCAUCAUUGCCGCGUACUACCGUGGCUACGCCUGCGCACGGUGUGAAAUCCCUGGUGCCAUGGCUGCUGUGGGUUUAGGACGUGAUGAUGUUGAGCAACACCUCAAGUCCGGUGUGGUGCUUGCUUGCGAGAACAGCAACGCCAGCGUCACCAUCUCUGGUGACCUCACGGCUGUGGAAGGGACAAUAGAGAGCCUGAAGCAGGCAGACCCCAACGUGUUCGUGCGCCGCCUCCGCGUACCCGUUGCCUAUCACUCCCAUCACAUUAAGACCAUUGGUGGUCUGUACAAGUCUCUAGUCGCUCCGUACAUCUCCCCCAAGGCCCCGACAGUACCCUUUUAUUCUACGGUCUACGGCCGACAGGUUCGAGAGAGCAAGGCGCUGGGUGCGGAAUAUUGGCAGCUCAACAUCGAGAACCCCGUCCUCUUCCGCACCGCGGUUUCGCAGAUGCUGGCUGACAUGAACGACACGGCUCACCUUGAAAUUGGUCCUCACUCGGCCCUGGCUGGUCCUUUGCGCCAGAUCUACAAAGAGACCGGGAGUAUUCAGACACCCUACACUUCGGUCGCAGAACGUGGCCAGGAUGCUGCACAUGUCUUUCUGUCUGCCAUUGGUACGCUCUUCACCUUCGGCAUCAUCCCCACACCACCCGCCUCUGAACAGGCCUACACCCUCCCUGACUUGCCCACCUACGCCUGGAACUACGCCAACCGCUACUGGUCGGAGACCCGCGUCAUGGCAGGCUGGAGAUUCCGCGAGCACGCCAGGCACGAGAUCCUAGGCCAGCGUAUCCUCGAGAGCAGUGACGUUGAGCCCUCAUGGCGCAACCUCAUCCGUGUCCGUGACGUCCCCUGGUUGUCCGGUCACUGCGUGGAAAAGGACAUUAUCUUCCCCGCCGCUGGAUGCAUCGCCAUUGCGGGAACCGCCAUCGGCCAACUUACAGGCUCCGCCGCGUACACCGUGCAGAAUGUGCAUAUCGCUUCGGCCAUGAUUCUGGAAGAAAGCAAAAGUGUCGAGGUUGUGACGACCCUCCGCAAACACGCUCUUACCGCCGCCGACAACAGCAGGUGGUGGGAGUUCACCAUCUCAUCGGAGAACAAGGGCAUCUGGACCAAGCACUGUUGGGGUCUCGUCACGGAGGGUUGCGCAGUCUCUACCCCCUCUAACCCUGACGUUGCACCACUUGCACGCAGGGUCGACUCGAAGCGGUGGUACCAGACCCUGUCGCGCGCGGGCCUGAACUAUAGCGAUCGAUUCGUCGGGCUACAGGACAUUACUGCUAGCCCGGUUGACCUGCUUGCGUCUGCUGUCAUUCCUGACAUUCAGGUCCCCGGCGAAGAGUAUGCCCUCCACCCGUCGACUCUCGACAACGUUCUCCAAUCAUGGUCCAUUGCCGCCACAAACGGCGAGUACCGCCGACUCGACCACAUGUUCCUCCCCACCUUCAUCGAGCAGUUUUACGUCAGUGACAGUGGCAGACAGUCCCCGCUCCGUGUUCGCACAACCGCCAAGGAGUCUGUGGUGCAAGCCGAGGGUGACUCUUACGGUCUGACUGCCGAGAGCCAGGUAGCGUUCGUGCUGAACGGCUUCCACGCGAGCCGUAUGGGUGGAUCUUUCAGGCAGGAACCACCCAAGACAAACGCCUGGUCGGUUCAAUGGCACCCAGCCAUCGAUCUCGCCACACUGGACACGCUCAUCCGGCCAACAGGCGAGAUGACCGAUAGCGUCGCCCUAGCGGAACAAGUCUGCCUGCUCUGCGCGAUGGAGAUUGACGAGACCGCCGCUUCCAUCCCCGUCGCUUCUCUCGCAAAGCCGUUCUUGAAGAACUACCUCGACGGAAUCCGCAAGCAGCUUGAGCUGAUUGAUCAAGGUCUCUCCAAGGUCCCUGGUGCUUUGGAACUCAAGACGCUGGGCACAAACCGUGAAACUCGUCUGAGGAAGCUGGACGAACUCGUACAACAGGGCAAAGGCGGCCCUAGCGAAGUCUCCAUCUCCGCCCUCUGCCGUGCCGCCACAAACAUCGAGCCUGUCCUCAAAGGUCAGCAGUCCUAUCUGGACCUCCUCCUCGCCGACGGCAUGCUGCAGGGCAUCUACGACGAGUACAACAGGUGGUCUGACACGCGCGACUUCUUCCGCGUGCUCGGUCUGAACAAACCGCAGCUGCGGGUUCUCGAGAUCGGCGCGGGUACUGGUAGUUUGACAGCGGUUGUGCUGGACGCUUUGCACUCUGACGAAGGGGAGCGUCUGUAUGGGGAGUAUAUGAUCACUGAUGUCUCGGCGGGUUUCGUCAACCAGACGAAGGAGCGGUUCGCUGAGUACCAGAACCUCAAGUAUGCGGUCUGCGAUAUCACAGUUGAUCCGCUGGAGCAGGGCUUUGAGGGCGGGAGUUAUGACUUGAUUUUGGCUUCUAAUGUCCUGCACGCAACUCCCAACCUGCAUGAAACUCUGUCAAGGUGUCGGUCUCUUCUGAAACCAGAUGGGCAACUUUACCUGCAGGAGAUUACGACCGAAACUCGACGAGCGGACGUCGUCUUCGGCCUAUUCGAGGGUUGGUGGGUCGGCGUCGAGGACGGCCGUGUCGAACGCCCACUGCUCACUGAGCCCGAGUGGGACAUCAAGCUGCGUCAGAGCGGUUUCCAGGGCAUUCAGCACGCCGUCCGUGACAACUACCACCCUGAUCUCUUCCUCAUCAGCAACAUCGUCGCCCGUGCGGCUAGUCCGGAGACUGAGCUUGGUGACAUCUUGAGGGUUACUCUGCUAAAGCCUAAUGAGACACUGGGUCAAUUUGGGGAAGAAGUCAAGACCGCGCUGCAGUCCUCUGGAUACGAUGUGGAUGAGCUCACUUGGGGAUCUGGCGAUAUGUUGCCUGUCGACCAACUCAUCGUGUCGCUCAUGGACGUCGACGUCGAAACGCCCAUGCUAACGGACAUUGACUCAGACAACCUUGCAGCCUUUAUCAACAUGGCCGAAGAUAUUUCCGGCCAGGUCGUUGUUUGGCUAAUGCGUUCCGCACAGAUGGACUGUACUGAUCCCCACCAGGGCAAGAUGCUGGGUUUGGCGCGCUGCAUCAGGUCCGAAAUGGCCAUUGACUUUGUCACCGUGGAAUUGGACAACCUGAGCGAGAAUACAAGCCACACGGUUGUCGACAUCUUAGGCCAAGUACAGCGCGCCCAGAAGACAGCGACGGAUGCCGAGGACAGUUUGGACAUCGAGUCCGAGUACGUCGUGCAGAACGGUCAGGUUCUAGUCAGCCGAUUCCACCACCUCGCUGUUGACGACGCCUUGAACGAUGCUGCUCCUUCAAUUGACGGGAAGCAUCUGGCUCUCGUACAGCCCGGUCUGCUACAGUCUCUGUCUUGGAUUGGCCACCGCCUGCCAUCCCCCGUUCCCGCCGACUCGGUCCAGAUCAAGCCCCGGUUCGUGGGUUUGAACUUCCACGACGUCGCGGAGGCCAUGGCGAUCAUGGAUCCCGAGGGCAGCACCGACGCGGACGGAUACCACGGCCUUGGAGGUGAAGGUACGGCAACUGUGACUGCUGUCGGCGCAAACAUUAGCCACGUCGCUGUAGGCGACCGCGUCGUCUUCAUGGAUGUCCCGACUGGUGCCUUCGCAACCGAGAUCCAGAUCCCCGCGGCGCUGGUUGCAAAGACUCCGGAGAACCUCAGCGACGAGGACGCUGCCGCCUUGACCGUUCCCUACCUGACUGUGAUGUGGUCAUUCCUCGAGAAAGCCCACCUGAAACGCGGACAGACGGUGCUUAUCCACAGUGCGGCUGGUGGUGUCGGUAUCGCGGCCAUUCACAUCGCGCGCUGGGUCGGCGCCGAGAUCUACGUUACUGUUGGAUCGAAAGAGAAGGUCAGGUUCUUGGUUGAUGAGCUGGGUGUACCACGCGAGCGCAUCUUCCACUCGCGCAACGACAGUUUCGUCGCGGAUGUCAUGCGCGUUACUAACGGGGUUGGCGUGGACGUUGUCCUCAACUCGCUCUCUGGAGAGCUGCUCCAUGCCUCGUGGAGUUGCGUCGCGGCCGAGGGAUGCAUGGUUGAUCUUGGAAAGCGAGACUUCCUUGGUCGGGGUCGUCUGGCUAUGCGUCCGUUUACCGACAACCGGGCCUUCUUCGGUAUUGACCUGUCUCCGCUUUCGAUCCACAGCAAGCAUAAGCUUGUUCCUUUAAUGAACCUGAUGAUCGAGCUUCUUCGCGAAGAGAAGAUUUUCCCUCUGCGCCCUACCACCGUCUUCGAGGCGGACAAGAUCCAAGAUGCCUUCCGCUACAUGCAGAAGGGUGUCCAUCGCGGUCGUAUUGUCGUUCGCAUGCCUUCCAACCCGGCCGAAGACAACUUGGGGUUGACCAUGCCCACCCCCAAACCUACCUUCAAGGCUGAUGCUGCUUACCUUCUUUCCGGUGGUAUGGGAGGUCUCGGCCGCUCCGUUAUAUCGUGGAUGGUAAGUCAUGGCGCUCGCCACAUCGCCGUCAUGUCCCCUACUGCCGGUACACGCGAGGAGCACCAGGAGUUCGUCAAAGAACUUGCCGAGCGAAGCUGUCUGCUUCAAUGCUUCUCUGGUGACGUGGCGGACGCGUCCUUCGUUCGCACCGUGGUGCACAAUGUCCAGGAGACCUCCAACCGCCCCAUCAAAGGUGUCCUCCAACUCGCCAUGGUCCUCCGCGACGCGGGCUUCGUCAACAUGGACCACGAGUCUUGGACAGCCGCCAUCAACCCUAAGGUUGCAGGCACAUUAAACCUACACAACAUCGCCCCCAAGGAACUCGACUUCUUCGUGAUGUUUGGCUCCGUCGCUGGAACCCUCGGCGCCUACGGCCAGGCCAACUACGCAGCCGCCAACUCCUUCCUCGACUCCUUUACGCGCUUCCGACAUGGUCACGGCCUGCCGGCCUCCGUCCUUGACAUCGCAGCCGUCGGCGACGUCGGCUACGUCGCGUCCAACAACGACGUCGCAGAGCGUCUGGAGCGCAACCUCUCCCGCUUCAUGAGCGAAGCAGACUUCCUGCACGGUCUGCACCUAGUCCUCGAGCGCUCGCACGCCAAAUCCAUAACCCCCUCCCCCGCAACACCAAGCAAAGUGUACACCGCACCAAGCCAAAUAAUCCUCUACAACGAACCCGCCCGCCCUCUCUCAGACCCCCAAACAACCAUGGCCGGUCGCCGCGACCCUCGUCUCUCCAUCUUCCGAAACAACCAAACCGCCUCCGUCGAAACUGCCGAGUCCGGAAACGAGAAAUCCCUCCGCGGCUUCCUUACAAGCCUCGCGGCCGAACCUGAAAAACUAAACGACGCUUCGUCGGCUGUCUUCCUAGCCACCGAAAUCGCGCGACGAAUCUACGCGUUCCUCAUGAACGACGAUGUGGAGAUUGAUACAGCGCAGACUCUGAGCGCAAUGGGCGCGGACUCGCUUGUCGCGAUUGAGAUUCGCAAUUGGUGGAAGCAGGCGCUUGGUGUAGAUGUUACGGUGCUCGAGUUGACGAGCGGGACGAAUACGCUUGGGGAUCUGGGGGCGUUGGCGGUGGGAAGGUUAAGGGAGAAGUUUCUCGUUAAGGCUGCGUAG